UCUAAAGCCUUGAAAACUAAGAAUUUUACUAUAUAUAUAUAKAUAGAUAUAUAUAUGGAUCGGAGAUGAUCGUUUCAAAACUAUGGGUUUUUUCGUCUUUUUAGUUCUAGCUUUUAUUGUUAGUUCACGAGGGCAAUACUACGACCCGGUGCUGUUUCAACAAGAUGGAAAAGGAGAAGUAUCCGAUCAAGGAACUCCAAUUAAUGAUGAGAAACCCAACGAUGACGAAAGAAAAGAUCAAGGAGCUCCAAUCAAUAAUGAAAAACUUAACGAUGAAGAAAUAAAAGAAGCUCCAGCAGAUACAACUUCGAAUAUAAACACGAAAGUUUCGAACGCCGCCAGUAAAGCGACAGAAGAUUUGAAAACAUUGAAUAGAGAUAUUAAAAGACAGCCAGGAGUUGUGGUUGAACGGUGGGAUGGAUUAGAUGGUUAUGAUAUCAAGAACCUAGUGCAGAGCUCACGUUAUCCUACCCUACCCAAUCUUGUUGAUUACUCACCGACUUUCUCAGAGCCAGAAAAUUGGGCUGAUGCUUUUGGAUCAAGAAUCCGAGGAUAUUUUGUCCCUCCGCAAACAGGAAAUUACGUAUUUAGAAUCAGCAGCGACGCACAAGGUCAGUUUUACAUCAGUACAGAUGAGAACCCUAAGAAAAAAGUAAUGAUUGCAGAAGUAUCUGGUGAUCACGUAACAAAGAAGGGAGAAUACGAUAAAUUUCGUGAGCAACGCUCGCAAGACGUUUAUCUCAACAAAGGAAAAUACUACUAUGUUGAAGCGCUGCAUAAAGACCAAUUCCUUGAUGACCAUGUAAGCGUUGAGGUUACUCUUCCCGAUAAGACUGCAUUCGCGCCUAUCCCUUCAAAGUUUCUCUGGACUCUACCACCACCGAAGAAACCAGGAAAAGAAGAAGAUCCUCUUGCACUUUUAAAAAUAGCAGCAAAAGCCGGGGCACAAGCUGGUGCCACGCUAGGUCAAAAAGAAGCAGCAGAAAAGGGAGCUCAGGCAGGAGCUUUAGCAGGGGAACGAGCUGGCGUUCAAGCUGGAGCCGCAGCAGGUGCAGUUGCAGCCCGUCAAGCUGCUACAGCUAUUGCCAUGAAAACACUAUCGGAAGCCUUAAGGAACAUUUCCCUUCAGAGACAAGUCAAUGUGUUCACCCCGAGAGGUGGCUCAGUGGCAUCAGCUGCAGCCAAUGUUCAAGUGGGCGGAGGGGCUGGGGCUACUGCAGGGGCUCAGACGGGCUCGACUGGCAGCAUUAAAACAAAGGAAGUCAGUACAGGUGGAGGUGCAGGCGGCGGUAAUGUUACAGGAAAGGGUAAAGAAAAGAGCACGGGUCCAGAAUUCCCCGUGGUUGAACCAAAAGCUGGACAAAAUGUACAAGUCUUGGCUAAAACGUUCGUUACUGUUUCUGGCUCCGCAAGUAAAGUGGUUAUUGGCAGCUAUUAUAUAAUUCAUUCCAUGAACAUUCCCGCUACUCAUGACUUCCACAAGAAUCUUUGUUGGAGGGGACUAUUUGGGCGCGUGGUUUUAGGGAGAAGAUGCCAGGUCUACAUAGCAAGAAAAGGCUUCAAAUCACACGAGGAGGGCCAGCAAACAGUCUCGUGGGAAUCUGCCUGUGCRCCCGGGUACUACAUCAUUCAAAAGAACUACAACUUCAAGCUCGCAAAACUAGAAAAGACGGAAAAGUUUUAUUUUGCAGCAACGUUUGUAACGUUCAAGGUAUCAAAGUUCCCAGAGGCCUUCAUGUUCGAGCUGUCGUUACAUAAAGGAUGGUUCAUUUGUGAGAGUAGGAAUGCCAAUUUCCAUAUAACUAAUCUCGUAGCACGCUAUAAUGAGCCCACCAUCACUUGGAUACAGCGAUGCUCUUUCGUAAUACGAUUGAUCAAUACAAAUGAGAAUCCGAUGAUGAAUUGCUUCUUCGUGCUUCCCGCUGUCCCUCAGAAACCAACCUCAGCCCCGAAGAAGAACAUUACUACGCUUCCGCCGGCAAUCCUGACGACGCCUGCGCCGACUACCAUUCCCAUUCUUGACGAACUAUGCCUAAAGAUUCUGUUUAUCAACGAUGCCGGCUUCCCUUACCGACUUUUUUCAAGCCUUAAACCCGGCGGAUACUUCGUGUACGGACGCGUCUUUGUUGUGAAAUACGUGCUACCAAAGAAGAGUAAAGCAACUACAGCAGCACCAAACAAACCUACAGAAGCAAGUGCUAAAUAUCUUGGGCAGAGAACCAACAUAGCACAGGCACCACAACAACACUUAGUUAGGAAAGAGGCUAUGAAUCAUGCGUUGGAUGGAAAGCACAGAUAUUUGCGAGCAGUGAACGAAGACGAAAAAAUGGUUGUUAAAGCCAAAGAAGAUAUUAAAAUAAAAAGACAUCUUAAAGGAUCUGACAAAAGGAAGACAAAGAAGGAUAGUGGAAAUAAAAGAGCAAACUCUAGAAGUACGAGAAAAACGAUAAAAAACGAAGAUAAAAAACACGAAUUAAGGAGAAGUAGAGAAAAACAAAGUGUUGGAAGUAAAAAGUCUGCCACGCAUCUCGAUGGUGGCAAUGCGAGCGCAAAAGACGUACUUGAGAGAAUAAGUACUAAAAACACGAUCCACAAGAGUAAUCAGUCUCCAGAUUCCCAAAGACGAUCUGAAGUCAAACCAUCAGAUAAAUCCGCAGAAGAGGUUUUAAAUGAGAUAUCGCCAGCAUCAAUAGCCUCGASUACACCACAAGCUGAUAGGAUCGAGAGAUUCCCUCGCCCACGAGAUACUAUUGCAAAUGCUUUUACGCAUAUUAUAUUCAGUGCGGAGGAUCCACUGAAGCGGUUCGAGUUGCUUAUUGAUGGAAAGAAAAACAUUACACUGAUAAUCAGUCAAGAUUGUUCAAAUCCCAUGGAGCUUAAACUGACCAUUUCUAAAAGGCCAUUCACAACAAUGCCGCCACCUACUACAAUAGUUACGACACCUUCAAAAACAGUCUCUCCGAUCCAAAAAACAACUCCAGCUCCUCCACCCCCACUUCCCUUUCCUCCUCCGCCACCUCCUCCUCUACCACCACCACCACCCCCAGUACCUCCACCAACAGCCCCUACGACACCUCCAACUACCCCUCCACCGAGCACAGCUCCCAGCACAACCCCCAAACCUACUCUACCGCCUACUACUGCUGGUCCUCCUCCUCUACCACCGACAGUGGUUCCACCACCACCGCCUCCGUUGCCACCGCCACCUCCACCCCUACCUCCUCCUCCUUCUCCUCCUCCACCUCCUCCUCCUCCUACGACGCCACCUCCUCCACCUACAGUCAUUGUCGUACCACCAAUUGAAGGAUGCAUGCCUACCCAUGAGGGAACAUCUGAAGGUGCCUGCUGCGUKUUCCCGUUCAUCUACCAAGGAGUGAAGCAACAUGGCUGUAUCCGAGCUGAAAGGAAGUUCAGAUGGUGUGCUACGACAAGCAGCUACGACAAGGACCAGCAGUGGGGAUUCUGUCCGCAUUGUUAUCUUGCCCAUGGGGGCACUGGUGCAGGAGAAUGUUGCCACUUCCCGUUCGUCUACGAAGGUAAAAUGUACAUGCAGUGCUUAAAGGACAGUAAUGGGAAGCCCUGGUGCGCAACGACGUUCAGUUUUGACCAUGAUAAGAAAUUUGGAUACUGCGGAGACCCACAAAAGACAACACCUGAGAAAUGUCCACCAGGUUGUGCCAUCAAAUGCCAACCAUCUUGCCCUGUCCARUGUUGUACUGGUUCAAAACWAGCAGCGCAAACUUGUCCAGAAAAAUGUGCAACACUGUGUUCAUCAGAUUGUCCUACGAAAUGCUGUUUGGAAAUAGUWGUACCUAAAGAAUCAAACGUUGAAGAAUGCCCACCACAGUGUGCCAAGGAAUGUCAGCCAGAGUGUCCUGCCAAGUGCUGCACGGGUGUACUUAAGCUUGCAAAUACCAAACCUGGAACACAGGAAUGUCCAAAGGAGUGCUUGGUAUCUUGCAAACCUUAUUGCCCGGAGAAAUGCUGCGUUGGAGAGUUAAUUCCUAUAAGUAUCCAGAGAGAUCAUUGCCCUAAUGAAUGUCUUCGGUCGUGUUUGCCAGGGUGUCCUUCGAAGUGUUGCAGUGGACUAUUGAUCGAAGAUAAGACAAUCAUUACUGGGUUGCCUUGUCCAGAACAAUGUUCCYCAUCUUCCUGUAAGCAUGAAUGCCCAGCAAAGUGUUGCGUAACAAUUUCUAAAACGAACGAGUGCCCUCCACAAUGUUCAUCUCAACCGUGUGGGCCAACCUGUCCUGUCGAGUGUUGCACACCCAAAAACAUUUCCGAACCAGCCAUAGCUGGUUGCACACAAGAAUGCCUAACCUCAUGCAAGCCUGAUUGCCCAGCGAAAUGCUGUGCUGCAAAAUGCCCACCAGAGUGUGCCCAAUCAUGCGGCCCUAAUUGUCCUGCCAUUUGCUGCCCAAACGUACCAUUGCCAACUAGCCAGAAUUGUCCUAAAGAAUGUUCAGCCUCAACUUGUAAGCCUGAUUGCCCAGCAAAAUGCUGUACGACGGUUCUUACUCCACUACAACCAGGAUCGAAUUGUCCAUCGAUAUGUUUCCAGACAUGCCAACCUGACUGCCCGGCAAAGUGUUGCAAGGGAGCCUCAUCUGUUGAUAAAAAUCCGGAAACUUGCCCAGCGGAAUGUGCACAGAAAUGCAAACCUGGUUGCCCUCCGAAAUGCUGUUUGAUCGUUCUCACACCAAUGAAACAAGAAAAGGACAAUUGUCCAUCCUCAUGCUUGCAGUCAUGCCAACCACUCUGCCCAGUUAAAUGUUGUCAAGAGUUAAAACCAGAAAAAGAAACCGUUUCUGCCUCGACUCCGGAACCUUGUCCUCCUUCUUGCAGCUGGGCUUGUUUACCAACGUGUCCGCUACGAUGUUGUCCGAAAUCCUUCCCAGGAGAGGAUACGUUGCCUGGAUCUACCAAGGUGGCCCCUUGUCCCCCUCCAUGCCUCAUUUCCUGUAAACCAAACUGCCAAUUCAAGUGCUGCCUAGCAGCCUUUACAGACCCGACAGCUAGAACAAGCGUAGCGGCACCAACCCUUGGAAGUUGUCCUACAUCAUGUUAUACAAAGUGUACUCCUUCUUGUCCAGUGAAAUGUUGUUCGAUUGUUGUCACUUACGAUAAGAAAAAUAGCAUAAAGAACGCAAAGACUCCCAUAAGAUCGAAAUUUUACUCAUGCUCCAGGAUCUUAUCCAGUUGCCAACCUCCCUCCACUGCCGAUAUCAAAAUCCAGUUGCCAAAGGCUAUACUUCCUCUUACACCUGCUCCUACCCCGACCCCGGCUUCGCUUCCGCCUCAACCACCUCCACCCUUCUACCCCCCACUUCCACCUCCGCCUCCACCUCCGCCUCCACCUCCACCUCCGCCUUCGCCCUCCUACCCUACUCCUGCCCCGCCUCCUCCCUCUUACCCUUCACCUCCAUCUCUUCUUCCUCCCCCUCCUCCCAUUCCUUCUCCUUCGCCACCACCGCCGCCAACACCGGCUCUCCCUUACAUACCGCCACCGCCACCGCCACCAGCACCCCCAUCCCCAUCUCCAGCACCCCCACCACCACCACUUCCUCCUCCAUCUCUUUCUGCACCUCCAGAUUGCCCACCAUCGUGUGCCCAUGCCUGUGUAGCAAGCUGCCCAAUACAAUGCUGCACAGACUUACUAACUGUUAAACCUGAGGAACUGGCGCCUGAUCCAGAACCAAACCCUCUAAUAUCCAAAUACACAGACUUUCAGUUAACGGACAAAAUCUCCGGAGACCUUUCUUCCGCAAACUGUCCGUCGAUUUGUUCAGAAGUUUGUCUGCCCUCGUGUCCUCCGCGCUGCUGCAUGGGUUYUCAAACGAAUGGUGUUCCAAGACACACUUUAUCUUACUCGGUCCAUCUUCCUUGCCCGCGAGGCUGCGAAUUAUCCUGUUAUAAAUCUUGUCCAAGACAGUGUUGUGGACGGGGUGUAAAAACAAUGCAGUACCACAAGCCGUACGUUAGUGCUCGCGUAAAGACACUAUCACCACAUACAAGAUCAAGAAGCCCUGCCUAUCACGGGUCCCUUGUUGGGAUCCCUGCGACAAGAAUGAUGUCAUGGCAGGAACUCGACACUAGGAAAGCAUCGCUUCCAUCUUCAUCUCAUACAUUUAGACCUAGAAAUCAAUUUAUAAAAAGUCAACUGUCGCUACACUCACCACCAGAACUUUAUAGUUCCAAUUCGAAGGAUCUCAGAGCACGAUCGGAGGUUUUGUGUCCUGCUGAAUGUCAAGUUAGAUGUACAAGAAACUGUCAUCCAUCAUGUUGUAACGACAAGAAUAGACCGGCAAGCUGUAAGAGUAAAAUAAGAACAACGAGAGGGAACGUUCCAGAAGGCUCCUGCUGCGUGAUUCCAUUUGUCUACGAAGGAGUCGUCAGCUGGCGAUGUUCGAAAAGCGAUAGCAAUAGAAUAUGGUGCUCAACGACUACGAAUUUUGACAGAGAUAGAAGAUGGGGAUACUGCCUUUUCAAUUGAAUUUAAUAUCUAGCGUAGCUUUUAGGUUUUUGUCUUGACAUGACGAAUACCACAAGGUACGCGAUGUCUUUCGUCGUUCUAAAUUUGAAGCACUAGUAUUACCUCAAUAUCUAAAACCUGAAGAGUUUUGUCUAUACAUGCUCUCGUGAAAAUAUUUUAAUCGAGAAAAUGAUAGCUGGCCAAGCGCGAGCGCAGAGCUAAUAGCGAAAUACAUGCCAUUUUUCGUACAUUAUAUUUCAUCAAGAGAAUAUGAAGUAUUGUAUUCACUUAUUCCAACGUGGAAUAAAACAUUAUUUAUCUAUCAUUAUUUAUUCCAAAGAAAAAACAAAGUAAAUGAAAAAUGAAUCUUAUGAGUUACCUUUACCACGCUGCAGUCGAAGUUAUCCCCACGAGAUUAAAAACCUUUGGUUAUGCCUGUGUAAACUCAUUCUGAAUAGCUUGAAUGGGAGGCUACUUGAAGGGGGGGGGAUGGUAUCAAAGCCCUAGUUCCAACCAAAUUAAAUGCCAGUCGCGUAAUAAAGUUCCAAACGCAUUGGAAACUUGCCGUACCUCGAGGUGUUAUUAGAGUUUAAGAAUAGUAAUGGUAGUAUUUAGAUUGAAGUGGUAUGGGGUUAUCAGGAUAUUUGGAAAAUCAUUUGGCUGUGUCAUGGUCAUAGUUUCAGAAUAUUUCAAAUAGCUAUUUGUUCAAUUACACUGUGCAUGGUCUACUUUUAUAGUAUUGUAUUGUUCACCAGAACA